AUGGACCUCCACCGACGUGCCGAAGAGGACUUGGAAAACUAUCUUGCCGAGCAGCAGCGUGAUGAGUUGGCACAACAGAAAGAACAGGACGAGGCGCUUCUGAAACGCCCUCGGCUCGACGACGAGCUCCGCUUCAUGGCCCAUCAUCUUGAGCGGCUGACGGAGCUGGCCACCGCCAAGGAAGCCGAUAAAGAGGUUGGUGUGGUUGACCCUGCCAUCCUGGGAGUUCAGUUGGACGCCAACACUGCUCAAGCUGGCACGGUGGCGUCAGUUGUUGCGCCUUCCGCUGAUGCGCUGGUUGCGGCGCCAACGCAAUGGCACGGCAUUGAAGUACCAGCUAACCUGGAGUUAUUCAAUACAAACGAAGCCGUUGCUGCGUAUAAGGAGCUCAGUUCGCAACUACCACCCCUUGCAGCUUUAUCACAGGCUCAUUUGGCUGCCCUUCCUCUUCCAAUCGUCGCUGCUGACUACUUGCCACCUCGGAUUCAAUUACUUAUCAACACCUUACCCACUCUUGAUAAUUUGGCCACCCAGUUACUUCGAAUUGUUGCUGUGGGGCCUUACCAGAAAAUCAUCGAUCUCGCUCUGAGUCCUGAUACUCCAGGUGGGGCUACUUUUCGAGACUUGGCACUGUUAUUUGAGUUCACCAAACGAUUAUACCUGGAAGACGAUCCGUUCUUGACUGUGGAACAUUUAGCUCCUGGGAUGUGGAAGGAAGGGGAGAAAACUCCUCUGAUGUUUCGUAAUCGAGAACAACUGAUCGAGCUGACGUUGCGUAAAGUAAACCUAGCCACAUUCCUUAUGGCCACUUUGGGUACGUUGGAAGUGGGUUUCUUCUACUUGAACGAACUGUUCCUCGAUGUGUUUUGUCCCAACAACAAUUUGGACCCGUCCAAUGCGCUCAGUAAUAUGGGCAACCUGCUGACAUUGCAGCUGGGGGUUAACACCGCAAUCGGUGAUAGAGUCGGUAAAUUGCUUAAGCCGACGGCAAAUUUAUACUUGGAUCUCAAAACCCAAGCAUACAUUUCGGCAAUUGAAGCUGGCGAACGACUGCUGGAAGAAAUUCUCAAGGAUAUCUUACCUGACGACAUGAAAGAAAUUUUGAUCGGACGUCGGGGUGUCAAAAACUUGAAUCCUACUGAAAUCGAUUUUAUUGAAAGGUGUUCGCAACGGAAGCAGGUUCUUUUGGGCUGGCCUGAAGGCGAGGAUUUGAGUCAUGAGUAUGAGUGGUUUACGUUCUUGCGUGACUUGUUUGAUUACGUACUGAAGAACAUGGGGUUCAUCAUCUGGGGUAAGCGCGGGCGCCAACUGAGAGGAUACCUGUAUACUCCCACUGUGCUGCUGGAUUCAAACGCAGUGCACGUGGCGAUGCCAGCUCAUUUGCAACAAGCACCGUAUACGGCUCUGCCUGGACCGCAGGCUCCUGACCGUGACAUUGAUCGAGUGGAACUCAACAAGAUUACACAUGAAUUGCUUCCUCUGGAAAUUCAAGAACAACAAAUCCAUUUACGACUCAAUCUGCUGGGACCAAUCCGCAAUAGUCAAAGACGACCAUGGACCAGAGAGGAAGAAAAAGCAUUACGACAUGCUCUUGAACUCAAGGGUCCGGCGUGGGCAACGAUUCUCGAGUUGUUUGGCGCUGGUGGUAAGAUUUCGGAGGCACUCAAAAAUAGAACUCAAGUGCAAUUGAAAGAUAAGGCCCGUAAUUGGAAGAUCUUUUUCCUCAGGCUGGGACUUCCUGUUCCUGGUUAUCUUCAAAAUGUGACGGGUGAGUGGGACCGCGACGCAGCAAGAUCCAAACCUGCUCGCCGGAAGCAACUGAAAAAGACUGCUGCCGCUCCCGUUCCAAAGCCAUGA